AUGGAGAGCGUUGACCACCACGACAAAGCCGCCACCCGCCUGUCCCUUUCCCCUCCCCAUCCGCCGGCACCGCUCUCCCUGACGCCAUCGCCCAACUCGGCGGCGCUGGUGAACACGCACUGGGUGCCGACCAGGGAGCAGCUCGCCGUGCUGGAGGGGCUGUACCGUCAGGGGAUGCGCACCCCCACCGCCGAGGAGAUACAUCAGGUGAUGGCGAGGCUGCAGGAGCACGGCCCCAUCGAUGGUAAGAACGUCUUCCACUGGUUCCAGAACCAGCAGGUCCGGCUGCGCCAGAGGGAGAAGCGGCAGCGAUCUGACUACUUCGCCAGGCAGUUCCGCCGCCCCCAUCCGCUACCCGUGCUCCACAGCCCCUCUGGCCACCCCAUCUCCCCGGUCCAACUCCAGGCGCCGCCGGCGCCGAACACUCCUACAUGCAAUGGAGAAGCGAUGUACAUGCAGCAGCCAUGCUACAUGUCAGGGCCAGCAGCGCAGCCCGCGGCUAAUGCAACCUACUACUCACAGAUGCAGCCGCCGAUAAUGUAUCCAAGUGUGGAGAUGAUGGGGCAUGGCAAUGUACAUGCACAGGCGCAUGCUGCCAUGUACUACCAGGCAGCAUCUCCGAACAACUCCAACACUCAACAAAUAUGUGUGCUCGAGUUGCCCCCAGCCGCCGGCAGCUACGAUACCCCCGACGCGUACUCCCACAGCCCCGUGCUUCUGAAUCUGUUCCCACAGUACCCCACCUUUGCAAAUCGCAAGAAGACCCGCCGCGUCGGGAGCGUUGGCUCCGCGAGGCCAUCGACCUCUAGGUCGAUCUCUUGGGAGACGGAGAGUCCCAAGAUCCCCAACAGACACAUUGUUGUCAAUCUAUGA